AAGAGACGGAACCUUAACUAUGGAAGCAGGAACAGUAACCGGCGCUGUGGAUUACGAUGCACGAGCUGAUGCUGAAGCUCUGCAAGUUGCCCUGAAAGGUAUUGUGAGCCACGACACCAACACCAUAAUCGACAUUGUCACCAAACGAAAUAAUCAGCAGCGUGUAGCGAUAGCUGCCGCCUUCCGAUUACAGUAUGGAAAGGAUCUGGUGACGUGUAUUCGAGCGGCACUUAUGGGAAAUUUACAAGAAGUCAUCUGUGGACUGUUUCUUCCACCAGCUUUCUACGAUGCCGCCCAGCUUCACGAUGCAGUCAAGGGAAUGGGAACCGAUGAAGCGGCUUUAAUCGAGAUUAUUUGCACCAGGAAAAAUGUCGAUUUGGCCAGAAUCGUUACAGCCUAUCAGACAGUCUAUGGGACAGAGUUGGAAAAGGACAUCAGUGCGGAUACAUCAGGAGUACUACGACGCAUACUGUUGGAUUUGCUCCAUGGUAAACGCGAAGAAGCGGUGGAGGUCAAUAUGGAAAGCGCUAUGGGUGAUGCGCAGUCCCUGGUGGAAGCCGUUGCGGGACGUUGGGGCAGCGACAGUUCUCUCUUCGCUAAUAUAUUCACGACACGUAGUUAUCCACAGCUGCGCAUGGUUUUCCGGGAGUUCGAGAUAAUUUUUAAGAAGGACAUCGAAAAAGCAAUUUCAGGAGAGCUAACCAUGCUGUUUGACACUGCGCAAAUUUUGACUGCUAUCGCUAAAAUUGCCAAAAACAAGCAUCGGUAUUUCGCCGAAGAGCUGCAUCGUAGCAUGAAAGGAUUGGGAACGAACGACAAAACACUAAUUCGGAUCAUUGUAACCCGGUCUGAGAUUGACCUGCGUAACAUUAUGGAUGAAUUUCAAAAUCUUUAUGGCCAAAGCUUGGACAGCUGGAUAUCGGGCGAUACAUCCGGAGAUUAUCGAAAAAUCCUCCUUCUCUUGAUCGGUCAGCAUAACGCUUCCAAGACGUGAUUCCUUAUAAUUAAUAUAUCAUUUCUUUCACUAGUUUUACUCCGCAAAUAUAUUAAUAUGAUUUCUGUACAAGUCAUUUGAAAAUGUAUAAUCAGCAGGCAAGCGGCAAUUUUGUUUAACCAGUAGGAAAGCUAACAAUUCGGUUCUUUUUAAUAUCAGGCAUGCGUGAAUAGUUCGUGGAGUAACGCGAUUAGGCAGUUAUUAGCAUAUUCAAACAAAUAUGCAUUCCAAGAAACAUCGAUUACGGUUACGUCUUAUUUACAUG